AUGUACAACCCAACAUCCCCUCGCCGAGCGUUGGCUCCGACCAUGAUCAAUUCGGCAGCGCCGCCGUUCCUCGCGAGUUUGUACGAGAUCCUGUCCAAAGAAGACCCGACCGUGAUCGCGUGGUGCGACAACGGCAAAGCGUUUGGAGUGUACAACUUUGACGUGAUGGAGCAGUACAUUUUGCCCACGUAUUUUCGGCACAACAAGUUUGCGUCGUUCCAGCGCCAACUCAACUACUUUGGGUUUCGAAAACUGCAAAAGCCCAACGGCGCCACGUCCCCGACUAGACCGAGCAACAUCUACUGCCAGCCCCUUUUCACACGAGACAACCCGUCCGCGAUGAUCUUUAUCAAGCGCAAGACGUACGGGCUCAAGCCGGUCUCAACUCCGCGUCGCAUGACCACGCCUGACUACUACCCGUUCUCCACGACACCCGUCAAUGUCGUGCCGUCGCAUGCGAUCCCUGCCAUCUCGCGCAGCUCGUCUGCUCCAUCCCACUUCACCUGGUCACUACAUACGGCAGCCCCAAUGCUGCGCCGUAGCCACAGCGCGAGCGCCCCGAAACCCGUGGACUUUGAUGAGUACUUGUCCAUGACAUCAUCACAAACGACGUCGUACGAGCAACUUCUGCAUGGGGUGAUUCCCGGGGUGCUUUCCACGUCGGGGGACGCACAGAGCAGCAGCAACUCGAGGUUGUCGAUUGAUGCAUCCAUGGCAGAUGCCUUCGCUGCAAUGCAUGACGACCCUGUCGUGGUGUCGGUGACCCCCAUGCUGACCCAAAUGCAGACCGUCACCCUGGGUGAUGGUGACGCCGCCGAUGGCCGGUUUGCGCCCCUUCCCUUUUCUUCCGACCCUCGCUGGGCGACGGGGCCCAAGCUGUCGAGCGACGACUGGGCCCUUUUGGCUUGCAUAGCAACCACGUAGAUGGCGAGAAAAGGUAGUUUAGAACCAUAUUUAUGUCGUCGUGUGAGUUGAAUGAAUGAACGUGAUGGGCGUCGUGCGA